AUGGCCAAGAAUGACAAGGAGCGCGUGACGGCUCACUGCAAGAGAUUUAAUAUUUUCCAUGAUUAUGGUCAUGUUUUGAGGACUCCCAAUAACCCGCGCGCCACAUCAGAAUUAAUUGGCAGUUUGGUUGUUGAAGAUGUGCGUGCCAAAUCUAAGAAGAGGCCUGUUGAUGUCGUUACGGAUAUGAAGAAGGAUUAUGGGCUCAAUGUAACUUACCACCAGGCAUGGUGGGGCGUGGAAAAGGCAAGGGGUGAUGUGUUUGGCGAUUAUGAGAUAUCAUUCUCUAGUUUGAAGUGGUAUGUUAGUGCAGCAAAGAGUACGAAUCCAGGCAGUCAUAUAGAGUUGGAGAUUGAUGAGGAAAUGAAACGUUUCAAGAGGUUGUUCGUUGCAUUUGGAGAGUGUAUCAAUGGGUUCAAUCACUGUCGGCCCUUGCUUUUCCUGGAUGGUACGCAUCUAAAAGGUAGGCAGAGGGGUCAUUUGCUUGCUGCAACCGGGAAGGAUGGCAACCAAGCUAAUCGGAACCAAGGUUUGCUGGAAGCAGUGAGGAUGGUAUUUCCGAACUCAUGCCAUGGAUAUUGUCUAUUCCAUUUGAAAUGGAACCUAAGACACCAUCUUCGGGGUACACAACCUGGGUUUAAAGCGUAUUUGAUCAAUUUGAUGCUUAGGUCUGCUUAUGCGCCUACUCAGGAGUUGUUUUACGAUAAUAUGCAUAAUUUGAUAGCAGAUGGUGGCAAUCAAAUGAGUGGGUUCCUCUCAAAUUUACAGCUGCAACACUGGGCCAAUGCAUUCUUUCCCAGUCAGCGUUAUGGAGAAAUGUAUUCACACGUUGCUGAAUCUUUCAAUUCGUGGAUUGAGGAUGAACGUUACCUUCCAAUCAAACCCCUUGUGGACGCCAUCCGGGUCAAGGUAAUGAAUCUUAUUGUUGAAAGGAGGGAAAUUGCAAGCAAGUGGGCUGGAAAGAUAUGCCCCCAGAUGGAUAAGAAAUUGACAGAUCGCUUCUAUGACUCUAGGACUUGGGUGGUCAGUGAAUCAGGGUAUGGUGUUUAUGAGGUGCAUGCACAGCCUAUUGUUACUGUUGAUAUCGGGAAUCGCAGCUGCUCAUGUAAACAGUGGCAACAGGAUGGCUUCCCAUGCUGCCAUGCAGUUGGAACGAUUACCUCUAGCGUCAAAUACCUUGUUGACUAUGUUGAUCCAUACUAUUAUUCGCAAACAUUUCGUGAUUCCUACUGUGUGGAUGCCCUAACGACCAAUUGA